AUGCCGACACCGUCACCGAAUCAACCUCCGGAUCAACCACCAUCGGCCUCUCCGUACCCUUUCUCAACCUGUCCCGACGACAUUCUCCAUACAACACGUCAUGACUUGGAUAAUCAUUCAGGCCCAGCUCCCGAUGGACUAUCACCGGCCAACUUUGGGUUGGAAUCACAAAGAUCAAUGCAAAGAACAGUGGAAACCGCCACUGACAAUCGCGCAUCAGAGUCUCCAUCCUCAAGAGAUACUACAGUCUCCCCAGCGCCACAAACCAGUACCACUGCAGUCACAUCACCAGAAUCUCGUGGAAUAGAUGCUGGACACACAAUGAAGAACCCAGAGUUGGGUCCGGACGGCCCAACUCCGCACACGGCCAGUUCAAGGCCGAGUCAGUCGCUAGAGCAGUCUCCAAAGGAUCUGGGAGGACCAGACUUGGCAAUGUUUGAGGAAGAGGAUGUCGCAUGCACUCCACCGUCCAUGGGAUCCGACUACUCCAGCGCUCGGGCUAUACCGUUUGCACCGUUGUCCUUCUUGCAGCCAGGCAGCAGAUUUCAUGGAACACAACAGUCAGAACGCCAAGUAUAUGAUGUCCAGGUGGAAAUCAAACAUGUCGAUAUGCGCGAGUCCUUUCUGUGCGGAUACUUGCGCAUUCAAGGUCUCACUGAAGACCACCCGACUUUAACAACCUAUUUCGAAGGAGAAAUUAUCGGAUCGAAAUACAGCUUCUUCACCCAGCAUGAGGACUGGGGGGCGAACAUGAGGGUUGAUCUUAGCCAUUGGGCAAAGUUCAAUGCGUUUCGGCCGUUUCAAAAGCAUGCGCGCAAAGGUCCAGUAACUAUUCCUGAUGUAACACAAAGAGAGAACAUCUUUAUGCGAUGGAAGGAACAUUUCCUGGUGCCUGAUCACCGGGUUCGGACCAUUACUGGAGCCAGUUUUGAGGGCUUCUAUUAUAUUUGUUUCAACCAGCUCAAGGGGGAGGUCAGCGGGAUUUAUUUUCAUUCAAAGAGCGAAAAAUUCCAGCAGCUCGAGCUGAAACACGUCCCAAAUCGAGGAUGCUUCAGCGCUACAGAGUUCCGGUAA